AUGAAGAAGCCCUUCAAUCUAGCCGUAAUAGGAGUUGUGGCAAACAUUUCCUGGGCGCGUGAGAUCCCCCCGAACGCCCGUGCUUUCUACAACAGAAUCAAGAACGAUGGGUGUGAUGACGGAGUAAUCCUUCAGUCAGGCUUCUAUAAUGGGCAAAGAACCAGCCAAAAUUUCUCAUAUUGCCAAGAUAACAGCACAAAAGUAAUCUACAUCCAUACUGGUUCCGAUUUCGCCAGCAUGAGUGUGGACUGCAAUGGAGACCAGUCGGAUCGAGGUGACGGACGCUGUGGAUCUGCUCAAGAGUCAUACCAUCAGACUUAUUGGAAAGACAUUGUCGAAUUUUAUUCUAAAGGCAAGGUGUUCGACGUUAACACCAACUUCAUCCCCUAUGUUGAAUUUGGCAACUACGCACCAGAGGCCAGUGGCACCAAAUUUGACCCUACUCAGUGGGGAAUUCAGCCAUUAAGCGUCAUGGCCGUGAUCUGUGGCGAUAAAAUUGUGUAUGGCGUCUGGGCAGACGUCAAUCUCGAUAGCCCCCCUCUCAUUGGAAGGGCUAGUCUAGCACUCGCGACAGAAUGCUACGGUAUUGCUAUAAACGAAAGUGAAGGCCACAAGGAAAACGACGUCUUAUACAUUGCGUUUUCGAACGCAGCAGAGGAUACCGUAGUUCGGAAUGCUGCUUGGAAUGCAAAGAGCUUUAAGGAAUUUGAAACUUCCAUUUCUGAAACAGGCGACCUACUCGUCGAGAAACUUUUCUGA